UCAUGCCAAAGCUCGAUGUUGUUGACUCUUGUCUUAUUCCAUCCAUGUACUCGGAACCUACCCGGUUUCCGUUCACACAACAUUCCAAGCGGCCAGGUGCGGCCAUGCGUGGCUGCCUCAUGCGACAUACAUAGAUCGACGGCUUUUUUCUGCUCUCGCUGAAACCCGUUGAGGCUCUCGAGCCAAAUCCCUGAGUUCAUUGAUUCAGUUCGAACUCCCAGGACUGCACACUACGGUCUCGACUUUACUGUGGAGUCCCAGAGUGGUCAUGAUGACGAUACGGCGGAGAUGCUCAGACUCAAUGCAGGGUCCGGGUCAAUGAAGCCGGUGCAUGGCCGGGCUCGGGGCUGCUUGGAGACUUCACACGGAGGCUCGGUUAUACCGGCGAACAAGCUCCCCGCCUCAGACGCCGACUCGAGACCCCCGAUGCGGGGCCAAGAGAAGUGUGUGGCACGCCUGAUAACCACUGGCCAUCCUCUCACGUUUCCCCAGACGCUUCCCUUCCCGCCACUUGCGCCAGCAGCUUGUGUCUAGACUGUGGCCCUAGACUCGGCUCAUAAACUACAAGCGCGAAAACUGAAUCAGACGUACGGACGAGUCAUUGCAUCUGUCCCGGCCAUACAAUUCAAUGCUGCCAAUACGAUCAUCGCCAGCCCGCGCUUCUGUGCUUGCGCUGUUGCUUCAUGCUGCGUGCGUAUGGGGCGACAGCCAGGUCAACGUCACCAUCGACGACACCGACGCCGUGAUCGUCUAUUCGCCCGCGACGUCGUGGAACUCGAGUGCCGUGACAUGCGAUGGGUGUAACGAUCCGUCACCCGUCCUGGCUGUUGGGCGGACAUUCCACAAGGGGGCAAACAUCGCCGUCGGAUCGCUCUCGGCCCCUGCGGCCAGCCCCCCGACGACCUCCGCUGCCCCCGCCUCUGCCUCUCCCCCCGCUCCCGCCCCCGCCCCUGCGACCGGGACGAACUCGAGCGUGGCUCCUCCGCAAGACACGGACGUGCCGGGCGGCACGGAUAACGACGGGGACUACGGCGGUAGCGGGAGCGGCCACGGGAAAGGCCCCCGCCGGCGAGCGACGCCCGCCCCCGUGUCCCUGCGGUUUCCGUUUACCGGAGUCGCUGUGUACGCCUAUGCGAUCGAGCCCUCUAGCGCGCCUACGGCUGCGAGCCCGUCCGCGCAGACGAACCUGACUUUCAAUCUGGACGAUCUCACCCCGACGACGCUGAUCCGAACGAGCGGAUCGGGGCCAACGGACUUCCUGUUCAACGCGAGCGUGUUUGCGCAGACGGGGCUCGCUGAUGGGGACCAUGUCCUGACGAUCACCCUCGGCGACGACUCGGUGUUCAUCAUCGACUACUUUGUCGUCACGCAGUCUGUCGUUGCGCUCGCGGGCAGCCCCUCCGCGGCGAGCAGCAGCUCAAUCGGGCCACCCUUAGUCACAGGGGCGGUAUCGGAUGCUUCUGCGCAAACCAAAAGCGGCCGCGCAUCGUUCGUCGGCGUCGUCGCCGGCGUCGUCGGAUCCCUCGCGCUGCUCGCGUCCAGCAUCGCCCUCAGCCUCAUCAUCCGGCGGCGGAACUCCCAGCGCAGGAACAGGCUGCACGGCCCCGCGCCAGCGCCGGCCACGGACGAUGAAGCGGCUGUGUUCGUCCCGCGGUACUUCCCGGGCGAGGAGCCCCGCCCCGGGCUGUCGCCGGUGCUGCCGCCGUACGAGCCGCGGUCGUAUGCGGACGUCCCGCCGCCGCUCGACCAGCUGCCGCCCCUAGCCCCGACGCCCUCGACGCCUGAUGCCGAUGCUGGCGACGGCGCCGAGCCGAUGAUGCGCGAGGUAGCGCCGCAUGUGAUUGCGCGAGUGGUAUCCACGCCGUCCCGUACCCAGUCUGUAUAGAUUGUUCCCGCAUUGAACGCUUCGUCCCGCUGUAUGUCUCCGUGCUGACUGAAGACUCCGCCUUCCUUCUUACUUAUUGUACGAAACACAAGUGUCCCCUGUAAAAUCGUGUCCAGCAGCCUCUGUCACUACCCACUAAUCGAAUCGAGUCGACUGACACGGUCACAUGUCUCACGUGGUCUAAAUCGUGGGGCAAUGUAGAUCAAGAACUUCUCGCUCACUCGCUCAAUUGAUAUCGUCUUUGUCCUGUAUGAUUGAUGGGGCUCUUCUGCAUCAUCUCCCUGCGCGUCUUCAUGGCUCUAGGGUUUAUAUCUCCACUACAUGUUCGGAAUCAUGCGGGAGAUCAUCCUUGAUGAUGAAGCGAUGGGUCGGGAUGUAGUUUUUCCCAGUCGAUCCUGCUAAUUCAGUGUUCGCAGAACAAUCAAAGGGAUCUCAAUCGCAUAUUCACCCCGCCGAUCACAAUUGCACAAGCAAGCUGAGAGAUGAGGCACAAUCGCAGGAAGACACGCAGUAAAUUCUUGCGCUGCAAUCCGUGUGUCUACAUAGAAGGGUGCCCGACGGCUACAG